AUUUAAAAUGAGUGAAUUGAAUUAAUUAUCAUAUGUUUUAUAUUAUACUAUAUUCUAUCGAGAACAAUUGGUUUUUACGGACAAAAAAGUUUAAGUGUUAAAUAGUAAACAAUAUGUUGUUAACAAAUUGUUCUCUGUCAGAGUCUUAAUUACCAUUUAUUGGUGUGCAUGUUGGACAUAUAGUACAGUGUAGUCAAAGCUAUACGGCGCGUCCAGUACUUACGUGGUAUUUGUACGAUAUCACAAUCACACAGGAUAUUAUGGGAAGAAAUUAUUAAGGACCAGGAAGUUUUAACUAUAGCAAUGGAUUUUCUGAGAAAUACUCCAUUUCAGAUUUAUUUUCUCUCAUAUUUUGUUGACAUAUUAUUUACGAUUCCGGCUGUAUCGGCAUCACCAGCUCUAGCUACACCCAAUCCCGUACAAUUAAAUGCAUCUUCGGGUAUAAACAAUGAAACUGAUCUGUCUGAGCUAUUCCACUGGGAAGAUUAUAGUGUUCUCGGUGCAAUGCUUUUUGUAUCGUGUGCUAUCGGAGUAUUUUAUGGAUAUUUUGGUGAAAAGCAAACCACUGGCGAUGAUUUCCUCCUUGGUGGUUCAUCCAUGGGAACUUUCCCUAUGGCAUUAAGCUUAGCCGCAAGUUUUAUAACUGCAAUUGAAUUAUUGGGAAAUCCAGCUGAAAUGUACAUGGCUGGCGCACAAUUCUGGAUGAUAUGCAUCGCAUUUGUAUUGGUUGUGCCAAUUUCUAGUCAGCUUUUUUUACCUGUUUUUAUGAGACUACGAUUGACGUCGUGUUAUGAAUACCUGGAAGUGCGUUUCUGCAAAUCUAUGCGUGUUUACGCCAGCGCUUUGUAUAUGCUACAAAUGAUUCUUUAUACAGCUGUUGCCGUAUAUGCUCCAGCUCUUGCUCUGUCUGACGUGACCGGACUCAAUACGUAUUUAGCCGUAUCUUUGGUCUAUGUGGUGUGCAUAUUUUAUGCGUCACAAGGUGGAAUGAAAGCUGUUAUCAUGACAGAUUCAUUCCAGUCAGCUGUUUUAUUGGGAUCUUUAGCAACUAUUUUAGCUUUAGGAGCAAAACAAGUCGGUGGCUUGGAAGUCGUUUGGGACAAUGCAAGACGAUCAGACAGGCUUCACUUUUUUGAUAUGGAUCCAGAUCCAACCGUCCGCCAUUCGUUUUGGUCAGUGGUUGUAGGAGGAACCAUGUACUGGUUGAGCAUGUUUUGCGCAAACCAAGCAUCCGUCCAGAAAUACUUAUCCGUGGAACGAAUAUCUCAAGCCCGUAUCGCUUUAUGGGUUUCGGCUAUUGGUUUAAUUGCAGUUUAUUCAGUUAAUUUUAUAACUGGAGCAGUCUUGGCCACGCAUUAUGCUGGAUGCGAUCCUAUACAGGCUGGUGUUAUAUCCGCAUCUGACCGUCUGCUACCAUUAUAUGUCGUCCGCGAGUUUGGUAGAUAUCGAGGAGUUCCAGGCUUCUUCGUAGCCGGCAUCUUCGCAGCAAGUCUUGGGACUGUAGCAUCAGCAUUGAAUUCUUUAGCUGCAAUAGCGUGUCAAGAUUUAGCAAGCGGACUUUUAGGUAUCACUUUACCUGAAAACAAAGGCGCUAUGAUCGCCAGAUGGGUGUGUCUCGGAUGUGGUGCCGUAUCCUUUGGACUUGUGUUCAUUGUAGAGCGUCUUGGACCCGUGUUGCAGUUAGCUCUCUCCUUCAAUGGUAUGGCCGGAGGAGUUUCAUUGGGACUAUUCAGUCUUGGGAUGCUGUUCCCUUGGGCUAAUCAAAAAGGUGCAAUAGCUGGAGGAGUUUUUGGCCUCGCAGUAGUGGUAGCAGCAGGGGGCGGCGCUCAACUAGCUCAGGUGCCGCUCCCACGGUUGCCAGCUUCAACGGACUCGUGUCCAGACUUCUAUAAUUUAACCACUAACUUCAAUACCCCCAGUGAAAAUCAAGACACGGCAGUAUUUUGGUUAUUCAGAGUAUCAUAUCUUUGGUACUCAAGUCUGGGCUGUGCUGCCACGUUGCUAGCUGGGAUGAUAGUGUCUGUUAUCACCGGUGUAACAGACCCUGCUCAAGUGCCCAUCGAUCUGAUCGCACCUCCGGUUGUCUCCUUACUAAACUCAUUGCCUGCUAAGAUAAAGAAAGCGUUACGUGUACCAACGCGUAUGGGCUUGGAAAGAAAACGAAGUUCGAGCGUUCGACCUCCAAGUAUUGCAGACGACAAGGACACGAGACGACGACGACGACUCUCUGAACUAGCCGGUGGAGUGUUUUACAGCGAUGCAGAAAAUAAUAUACUAACGCAAGGUCACGACAAUCUUGCACUCGACACAGAAAAGGCACACGGCGACGAUUAUAAUCAUCGGACUAGUUUUAAACUGGAAACAACAUCCAGCCCACAAUUUACAAGGACAUCCACGUGUUGAAUUAGCAUUAGUAACCCUAUUUUAAUUUUUACCUUAGACAUAAUGUAACACUGCAUAACAUCACUAAAAUAUUAAGUUAAUAGAAAGAGAAGAAUUAACAAAUUGUGUUUAUGUAAUUGGACUACGUUUGUAUGUAUACGUGCAUUGAAACUACGUACCUAUAGCCUAUGCAUUCCUACGCGCGUAUGCGUCAAAGGUGUUCGACGUUCAUGCAUAUUAUUUGGUUAUAAGCCUCUAGAAGUCUAGAGGCAUAAGAAAGCUUUAAUUGCAAAUAGAAUAUUUAUAUAUUAUGACGACAGUACAAAAAUAACGUAUCAUAGUAGAUAUAAGUAUUUAUUUUUGUGAACAAAAUGCACAAAACUAUUCUUUUCGCUUCCUACGUGCGCGAAUUUAUUAUUAAAUAUUAAUUAUAGUAUUGAUACUUUAAGGCUUAAAAUUAUAUUAUUAACGAAUACGAAUAGCAAGAUUUAUAGAGCAAUUAAGUAAUAUCCACUUAUCUAAUUUAUUAUUACCUAAUAUUAUUAGAUUACCUAAUUUAAAUGUCCAUGGGGCAUCAUUCUAAUAGCUAUUUAUUAUGGGGUUAAUACUUAGCACGUUAUGGACAGUCGUAGACGAAUGUCGACCACAGUCCACAGAUGUCGAUGGUCGAACAACCGCCACACCCUUCACCACGGCACGUGGCGCCCUCUAUAGUCUGUCUGGUCUGAAAGGGUCGCUCCAUAAAGAAAAAGUCAGAAAAUUGGUAUCUGAAUAAUAAAAAUAGUAUACUACAAUUUUACAAUGAUUUAAUAAAUACACUAGCAAAAGAAGUCAAUAUGAACCUCUACUCUAUACACAAAGUCUAUACACUAUAUUAAUACAAUUUUUGC